GAAGGAAAACAAAAUGGAAAGUUUUCUUCGGAAAGCGCGCGAGAAAAUCCAGCGCAAGUUGGAGGACACGAAAACCGGCUCCAAGUACUUCGCGCAGACCCACCGUGGCGAAAUCGCAGAACUGCGCAGCGAUUUGAACGGCACCGAUGACUACCGCAAAAAGGCCGCGGUGAAGCGCAUCAUUGCGAAUAUGACGAUGGGCCGGGAUGUGAGCUACCUCUUUGUGGACGUCGUCAAGCUCGGUCCGUCGACGGACCUGGAACUGAAGAAGCUCGUCUACUUGUACGUGCUGAGCACCGCUCGCCUGCAGCCGGACAAGGCCCUGCUAGCCGUCAACACCUUUCUGCAGGACACCACCAACGCCUCCCCGGUGGUGCGUGCGCUGGCCGUGCGGACGAUGAUGUGCAUCCGUGUCACGUCCGUCCUCGAAUACACGCUCGAGCUGCUGCACCGCGCCGUGAACGACCCGGACCCAUACGUGCGCAAGACGGCUGCCCUCGGCAUCGGCAAGCUCUUCCACCACGACAUGAACCUCUUCUACUCGCAGGAGUUCAAGAAGGACUUGAUAGGACUGCUGAACGACAACAACCCGAUGGUCGCGUCCAACGCGGCGGCGGUGGUGGCCGAGGUGAACGACUACGGCAGUGAGAAGGUCGACAGUGACAGCGAAUGGGUGAAUCGGCUCGUGUACCACCUGCCGGAGUGCAACGAAUGGGGACAAGGGUUUAUUCUGGACCUGCUGGCGGCGCAGCGUCCGAGCGACCAGGAAAGCGCCGAGACGCUCCUGACGCGUGUGCUGCCGCGGAUGAGCCAUCAAAACCCAGCGGUGGUGAUGGGUGCUAUCAAAGUAGUGGCGAACCUUGCCAAUCGCUGCUCACAGGAGCUGAUCGAGCGCAGCACCGUGCGCGUCAAUACGGCCCUCCUUACUCUGGCGAAGCGAGACCCCGAAACGCAGUACGUGGUGUGCAAGAACAUCCACGCCUUGCUAGUAGUUUUCCCCAAUCUGCUCCGCACAAAUUUGGACGCCUUCUACGUGCGCUACAGCGACCCACCCUACGUAAAGCUGGAGAAGCUGCGUCUGCUGCUGAAGCUGGCCACGCCGACCUCCGCGCCGGAAAUCGUGAAGGAGCUCGCGGAGUACACGUCUGAGGUGGAUAUGGUCUUUCUGGUGGAAGUCGUGCGGGCCAUCGCGUUCCUGGCGAUUAAGAUGGCCUCGGUGGCACCAGAUUGCGCGAACUUGCUGAUGCAGCUGGUGGAGCGGCGACCCGAACUGCUGCCGAACGUCGUGACUGCUGCGAAGGACAUCGUGCGGGCGUACCCGGAGUUGCUCAUGCUGGACGCCCUCGUCGCGGAGUACAGCGCGCAUGAGGUGGUCGAAGAGGAGGCCAAGGUGUCGCUGCUGUGGAUGCUGGGCGAGUACUGCGACUUUGUGGACAAUGGAAAGGAAAUAAUGCGGCGCUUUGUGGACACGGUGAUGGAGCACGAGCAGCGCGUGCAGCUCGCCAUUAUCAGCGCCGUGGUGAAGAUGUUUCUGCGCGAGCCGCAGCUGAUGGAGCCGCAGCUCAACCGCGUAUUGGAGACCGUCACGACCCGCAGCGACGAUCCCGAUGUGCGGGACCGCGCCUUUGCCUACUGGCGGCUGCUGUCGAAGGGCAUCACGGUGGAGCAGAUGAAGAAGGUCGUGCAUGGGCAGGUGGUUCCCGUGAACGUCGACCGCACCUUCAGCGACGCCAUGACGAUGGCCGACCUCAAGAAGUCGUUGAACACCGCCGCGGUGGUCUUCGCCCGGCCGUACCAGUCCUUCCUCCCGCCCUACGGCCUGGCGGACGUGGAGUUAGAUGAGGAGGACACCGAGGAGGACGACGUCGCCGAGCUGCCGCCGACGCCGCCUAUGGGACCGCAGGCGGGCGCACCGGAUCGCAGCGCCGCACCAGCCGGUGGCAACGACCUCUUCGAGUUCGCCGGCGACGGCGGCGGCGCUCGUCACGACACGGCCGCCGCGGCUGGCGCGCGUGGGGUGGACCCGCUGGGUGACUUAUUCAGCUCCCUCCCGCCCGCCCCCUCCCCCACCGCCCCCGCAUCCGCGUGGUCGUCCUCCGCGGCGCCGGCGCCGUCGCCCACGUCGGGCAUCGACGAUUUGUUUCGUGGGGUCGGCAACGCCAACGCCGCCCCACCCCCACCCGCACCCGCGCCGCCUGUCCCAUCGGCGUCCGCAAAGCCGACCACCACCGUUCACUUGGAUGAUCUUUUUUCCUAG